AUGAAUAGUUACGAUAGGAAGCGCGUAGUUUUUAAUCCGAAAUAUACUGUGUUUUUGCAAAAUCAUGCCAAAAGUACUAAAAGCAGUGAGACAGAGAUUGUGGUGAAGGUGCGUGCCUUUUGCGAGAACGAAAAUUCAACCAAAGGUCCAAUAAUUCCAUUAGAAAAUGUUGUAUCACGAGUCGCCGCCAUGACGGGUAUAUCUGAUAGAACAGUUUCUAGAAUUACUCAAGAAGCCAUU